AUGGAGCCCCAGCCCGACUCGCCGUCCUCUCCGGGCACGCCGUCGUCAGAACCAGGUAAGCCAAAGGAGGAGGCCGCCGCCCUUGAGCCCGACAGGCAGUCGUCGUCAUCGUCUUCGUCCUCGUCGUCGGCUGAGAGCCUGUUCCAUAUCGACGUGGUCGAGCUCGGCAGCCCGUUGGUGCCAGCGCCGGGGGAUGAACAAUCCGCUCCAGUAGAGAGCGCGGAGGUCAAACCGGACGAUUGGGCGACGUGGCCGGAGCAGCCGCCUCAGGUCGCGGAUGACCCGUUGUUGUCGGACGGCGCCGCGGUGGUCACGGGGUUGACGCUGGCGCCGGAGGUCCAGACGAUGCCCAAGCUUGAGGACGCCGCCGCCGGGACCGGGGGCAACGGGUUCGACCCGGAGAGGAUCCCGGCGUCCGUCUUCCAGCCCAGGUCGUCGUUAUCGCAGGCCGAGUGGAGCGUCACGUCCAACGAGUCGCUGUUCAGCAUCCAGGGCGCCAGCCAAUCCGCCGACCUCGGCGGGCUCUACGCCGGCAGCAGGUCGCACUUCGACUACUUCUACGACGAGGCCAUGGCGGCGGGCGCGGAGGCAGACUCGAAGCUGCCGACCGUCGCGGAGGGGUCGGAGCCGGGGGACGCGUUCGACGCUAAGGAGUUCACGAUGCCGGGCAGCGGGAGGUCGGAAGCCAGCGGCGGUAGCGCCGGGGCCAAGAAGGCCGCCGUGUUCCGGCGGCACGAGAGCGGCUCCGGAGGCAGCUCGAGCAACUUCUCCUUCGCGUUCCCAAUACUGGCGGAGACGUCGCCGAAGAAGAGGGACUACGUCAGCGCCGCGCCGUACCAGCCCCUACAGAAGGAGUACCAGCAGCCGCCGCUCGCAUCCCCCGUGUCGGCCUUCAUGGAGAUGACCACGGCGGAGGAGCGGCGGAGGGGGACGGGGUGGUGCUGCUGUGGAGAGUGCUGCGGCUGCUGCUGGUUCGCUUGCUCCUGGCGCUCGUGCUGCUGCUGCUGCCGAUGGCAGUGGUGGCGCUGUGGCUGCUCCUGCCCCAGCUUCUGCCGGUGCAGCUGGUGCCUCUACUUCUGAGA